AUGUUUGGUCCCGUCCCGGAUAGUGGUCGUACAUUUGCAGCAACACGUCUGGAUCACCUCAAUUCCACCGAUAUCUCCUCGAUCGCCCGGAUUCUUGUCCUGAUUGGCAGCAACGCGGACGAAGCGAAGCCAUUUAUCAAGGGUCAAAAUGACACAUGGAAUGCCCUCCUGCCAUAUACAGGGGCACGCACCGAAAACGACCGCCUUUCUCUUAUCCUCACAGACCAUUUGGUCCAGAGCCCGAUUGCAGCCUAUUCAGUGGAGUGUACCAAGGUCGGCAUUCCCAGAUGGAGAUACGUUUUCAACCCAGGCUUUCCCAACGAGAUUUUCCCAGACAGUGGGGUGAUUCAUGGUGAAGUUGCCUUUGUCUUUGGCACUAAUAAGCAGGAGAAUGCGACUGAGUUCGAGCUCAAAGUGAGCCAAUAG